ACUCGACCAUUACCAGAUAUAGCAUAUAAUGUAUACAAUUCCAAAUUCUCCGAACCAAAAUUAGAAGAAGGAUUUCAAGAAAUAAAACAUAUUAACUUCGUAUUUGAAGGAAAUGAUCAUGAGAGAAAAAGUUUUAAUUUAUG